GACGGUCGUUGACUUCCGUCCGCCUACGUGGCAGUUGUCGGACGACCUCAGAUUCCCAGGAAAAUCAGGCUUGGGCUGGACUGCGGCCAAGACUGCCGCAAGAAUUGCUCCAGUUGCCCAUCGAAGUGGCCAGAAGGGAACGCUUUUGUAGAUCUGAAUCUGGUUUUCUAGGCGAACUUCAGGAAGGGCGAGCUGCCAGGCUGUGCCAGGAUCUGCCAGCUAUGGCGGCUGUGACCGCAGGAGCAGACGCUCCCGCUGCUGUAGCAGAAAUUCCACCAGAGAGCAAGGCUGCUCCUGCUGUUUGGAGUGUGAUCAUGGAGGAACGCUUCAUUGACCUUUGGGGCACAGAGUUUGUAAGAAUUGAACAGGGCAAUUUUGCAAAGCACAAUUGGAAGUCCAUAACAGACGAUAUCAAUAAGCUCUUGAAAGAGGAUGAGCAGCACUUCACUGUGCAGCAAUGCAAGUCAAAGAUAGACAGUCUAAAGAAGAGGUACACCACCGAGUUUGGAAAGAAGACCAGCACAGGCUCAGUCAACAGCUCAUGGGUGCAUUUUGAGCGCCUUGGCCCUUAUCUCAGAAAGUUGCCAAAGGUUUCAGGUAUUCCAGGGGCAGUUGACAGCGGGGUGGAGAAAGUUCCUUCUCCACCGCGGCGGAGUUCUGAAGAAGAAGAGUUCGAGCAAGAGGGCAUGAGGGACCCAGGUUGGGUUCCCGAGGAGGCACAAAACGAUGACGAGCAAGUCAACAACAAAGAAACUCCCUCUGAGAAACCCUCUUCUACGGAACAGGCAUCCAAGGUGGAAGACAGUGUGGGAGGGAGCAGAAAACGGACGUCAAUGUUAGAAGCUGAAGACGAGACUGGGGAUGACUGUAAGAUGGUCAGUCCUCUAAAAUAUGCGGGAAAGGCAGGGGUCAACGGGCAGCUGAACAGUAAAGGGCGGGGAAACAAACUCUUCAAAGCUUCUCCAAGUGGAACCACUGCAAUGUCGAGGAGCCUGGAUCUGUAUAAGGCAUGCCUCCUGGAUCCACUGAUUGAAGAUCGAAGACCUCCUCAAGUGGGUGGCAUCAUGGCAUCCUCCGGGUUGUCGUGCGCAGACGCUCCAGAAGACCCGGUCAUAGUCACAUACUCCCUGCAAUAG